AUGGAUGCACAAAUCGAAAGACCUCUUCGAUCAACCUUCUAUUCCCCGCGAUAUAAUACUCCAGUGAUCAAUCAUUACUUAUAUGGACCUCAUAAUCCCUCAGUAAUUGGAGGCAAAUUAUACGAGCGAACUCGCAUUAAAACUUUAGCUGAGGAACGUGAAAGAAUUCAAAAGAAAACAUUUACUAAGUGGUCAAACACAUUUCUGAGCAAUGAGUCUAGACAAAUUGAGGACCUUUUCAAGGAUUUAUUUGAUGGAAGAAUUCUACUUAAGCUUAUCGAGCGUGUAUCAGGAUACAAAAUGCCUCCACCAACACCGGGUCGCAUGCGAAUUCACUGUUUAGAGAAUGUUGAGAAAUCUUUGGCAUUUUUGGAUCACUUAAAUGUUCAUCUUGAGAAUAUUGGUGCUCACGACGUCGUUGAUGGAAAUAGUCGUAUAAUUCUUGGAUUGAUCUGGACCAUAAUUUUGCGGUUUCAAAUUCAAAACAUUUCAGUUAUUGAGAAAGUCCGACGUGUUGGCAACGAAGAAGAAGUUGGCCUACGUCGAAACUCAACUGAGGCUCUGUUGUUAUGGUGCAAGGCCAAGACUCAAGGCUAUCCAAAUGUAGAAAUAAGCAAUUUCACAAAUAGUUGGAGAGACGGUCUCGGAUUUGCAGCUCUGAUUCACAGGCACCGACCAGAUCUGAUUGAUUUCUAUUCUCUUUCACUUGAUGAGCCUUUACGGAACUUGCAUAUCGCGUUCACGACAGCUGAAAGAUGCUUUGGAAUACCAAAACUAUUGGAUCCUGAGGAUAUUAUUGUAGGAGAGCCAGAAGAAAAGUCAAUCAUCACCUAUCUUGUCUCAUUUUACCAUUACUUUGCCCUUGAAAAGGUGAACACAGUGCAUGCCAGACGCAUUGAACGUGUUAUACAUCUUCUAAUGCGUUUCAUCAAUGAAGUCAAGGACUACGAGCUGUCCGUGGGAAGGCUCCUUCAAUGGAUUAACGAGAGCAUUCAACGCCUUAAAAGUACACCACUGUAUGGAAAUCUGGACGAUCUUCGAAAUCAGCUAACUCAAUUCAAUCGAUUCCGAAUUGAAGAAAAGCCACCACACUUUUGCGAAAAGGGUGAACUAGAGGUUGCAUUCCUUUCUAUAAAAAAUGAAAUGCUUGCUGUAGGCAUGCGCUCAUAUAUACCUCCAAAGAAGUUGACAAUUUGGGAAGUGAACAAGGCUUGGGAGGUUUUGGAGCAUUGUGAAUAUGAGCAAUGGUUGAAUUUGAACGAUGAAUUAAAAAGACAGGAGAUGCUGGAUCAGCUAUACCUCAAAUUUGAGACAAAGUGUGCCCUAAGGGAAACAUGGCUGUUGGAAAAUCAACAAAUUGCGGAACAGGAGGUGAGUGGAACUAGUCCAUAUGCACUCACCUUGGUUCUGAAGAAACACGAGGCCUUUGAAGCGGAUGUGUACGCCUAUGAAGAUCGGAUUGAGAUGCUUCUUCAAAUUGCAGAUGAAUUAAGACGUUGUGGGUACUUUAGAGAAGAGACGAUCAAUUCAAGAUCUCAGAAUGUUGCAAGUCGGUGGUUGUUCCUCCUGGACACCAUCAAAAACCAACGGGCUCUUAUUCAAGCCAAAAUUUUCUACAUUGAAAGAAAUAUUGAAUUUGAGAUCUUGAUGAAAUGUGGUGAAGAAUUAAGAGAACGCAUUGAUAGAAUUGAGCCUGGAAAUACAGUUGAGCAAGUUCAGCAUGCAUUGCUAAAUAUCGAAACAGUUGAUAAUGAAAUUAAAACCCUAUGUAUACAGGUCGAUAAUCUCUUCAGGAAGCAUCGUGACGCUCACAGUGAGGAAUUGGAAAAAGAAUGGAGUGAUGUGGUGGAGCGAAUUGUACUAUCAGCCGAGGAAAAGAGAAGGAGAAUCAUAUUUGUUGAACAACAAUGCCACCUGCUUCCAGGUAUUGCUCGUUUUAGGGAUUAUGUGAAAACUCGAAUGCACUUCGUGGAAGAAAUUGAGUUCCAGUUUGUAUACACUGUAGCAAAUCGAAUUCGUCGACAAGUUUGCUAUGCUGAGGACGAUAUCGCUGAUAAACAAAACAGUCUCAAAUUGAUCGAUGAAUUCACAUCGGAAUCGAAAUAUGACCGAGAAAUCAAUGACUUUAGGGCAUCAUGGAGAUUGGUCCACACGGUCCUUGACUGUAUCAAAAGUAAGGCCAUCUUUGUUGGUGAUGUUCUUUUCUUGAAUGGGGAAAUUGAAGAUUCAGGUAACUGGAUCACAGAGAAGUCGAAAAUCUUAGACUUAAACGAUUCCACCUCCGUGGACUCAUCAGUUCGUGUCAAUCAGCGAAUACUUGAAGAGGUGGAGGCGUACUUUCAAGUGAUAGAAAAUAUAAAUGAAAAGGCGAUGGCACUAAAGGAAGAACUCAAGCGAUUCGAUUAUAUUCCAAAUGAAUUCAGUCAAAAUUAUGACGCAAGUAGACUUGUUAGAAGCCUAUUAAAUGUUUGCAAUGAAGUGGAAUGUAUCUUGUUUGAAAAGACGCAGAAUCUGUUCGAGAUUUACAGCCUUCUAGUUGAAAAGAUCAAGAAGAAGCAAGCGGUAUUGAUUGACUCCCUAACUGUUGAGCAGUUCUUGAAUAAUUGCAGUCAGACACAUGAGUGGAUAGUUGAGAAAAUUGCGCUUCUCGAUCGCUUAGAGCCUGUUAAUCUUGACACUGUGUACGAGAAAGGCAUUUCAGGUGAAAUGAGUGAGCGACUGGAUUUUAUCGAACGCCGGCUGGGUGAAAUAGAAAAACAGAUGAUUGAGAUGGCUGAAAAGGUAAAAGACGCCAACAAAACGGCAUCAAGUAUAAUUGAAGCCGCACAUAGCGGAAAAAUGGAGGAUGCGGAGGCUGUUCUUUUGAAGGUGACGGAAAAUAGGAAUAAGCUCAGUGAUGCAUGGAAUAAAUUAGCAGAUCGAGUUGAAGAUAGGAGGUUUCGAGUAAACUUGGAUCAAGCAUACCUAUCUCUCGCUCAAGACUGUUUCUUUACAUCUGGCUGGAUUGAUGAGAAGUUGGUGUACUUGAAUAACCAUAUAUGGACGAAUAUUUCAACAAUUAUGGAACUCACUAAACUGAAUAUGGUUCUAAAGUCUCUCAAGUCGGAUGCCAGAGUGAUUAGAGCAAAGGUUGACGAUAUUGCAGAGCAGGUAACAGCUUGUUGUGAAGCCUCAGAUUCCUCCUUGAUUAAGAGACAAGAAUUGCUGCUCAAGGAACACGAUGCUCUGUGUGGAAAGUUGGCUCAAUUCGAGAGACAAAUUGAGGAGUCUGAAAAUAUGCUAACUCUUCAUGGAGGACAUUUACGUUCAGUGCAGUGUCUGGGUGAUUUUUCGAAAUGGGUCAAUUACUUGAAGGAGAAGAAUACAGGAUUUUCAGUUCCUUCCAAUGUUGAGGAGAUUAAGUUAUCGAUGUCAGCUCAAGAGGAAGACCUAGAAGAGUUACUCAAUGCUGAAGAUCACCUAGCGGAACUACUUGGGAGUUACGAAAAAGUGGUGACUGUGUCAGAAGGUGCUGAACCAUCAGGAGAGGACAUUGGCACCGAUCCCGAUCAAAUUAUUGAGGAAUAUGCAUCAACUUGCGAUCUGAUUCGAAGAAAUAUCACCAACCUUGAGCAAAGCAUCGCAGUUCAGGGUUUAUUCACAGAACUUGGAAGUCUCAAGGCGGCAGUGAUUCAACAAGAAGUCUACUUGAAUCAACAACUCCAAAUGGAUUCUCUUGAAGCUGUUCAAGUCCAACAGAAAGAACAUGAAGCCUUCAUGACUCCACUCCUCUCCUAUUGGAACAGGUUCAAUGCAUUGGAUCGUAAAGCCAGAGACCUACUUGGUGCAUUUCGUGGAAGUGAGAGUUGUUUUAUUGGCGAAUUGAACAAUCUUCGAGAGUCUUGGUGCGUUCAACUUUUCCCUUUGUUGACUUCAACCCACAUUGAUGAGACACAUUCGUGUCUAUUAAAACACCCAAAGUUAUUACCACUUUUUCUCAAUAUUUGCACUCAUGAAUGGAGAUCUUGCAUUGGAAAUUUGUGGUCUUCAUAUGAUCAGAUCAGGGUGGUUGAAGAGGCCCUUCUAGAAGGUAUGAAUGAAAUUGAAACGGAUAUCGAUAUGCUUGUCGAUGUUAUAUACAUUGCCGACACGCUUGGCAUAAUGAAACUUGAACUUGAAAGGAACAAAGAGAAGUCCGAUGAGCGCGAACGUCUAUUGAGGGAGAAUCAUAGGCUAUACGAGUUGCUGAACGAUUUUGACGAUAUUGAGGAUUGGAUGGGCGAGAAAUCAUUGGCUCUAAAUCAAGUGGACUUGACAUCUAAACGAGACAUUGCAAGUGCUUAUGCCCAAGUGAAAGCUUUGCAAGAGGAGAUUGAGUCCAGUCGGGAACGUGCCGAGGGUAUCAUUCAGACUGGAAAGGAUCUUAUUGAUCAAUGUUCUCGUGUUGACCGUGUUAUAUCUGCACGAAUUGAUGGCAUCUACGUAAAUUGGGAGUCCCUUCUGCAUCGACUUCAUAGCCAAUUGUUGAGACUGGAGGAAUCUCAUAGGGAGUUUCUACUGAACGAGACUGUUCAAGAUCUGCUACAUUGGGCUGAGAGACUGCUAGCGAAAGUCAAGACCGAUAUUGAAGAUCCUAGUUUGAGCACCUCAGGGUUGACCGAACUUCAACGUCGGUUUGAAGCUCACGAAAGAGAUUGCCAUGAGUACGAAAAGUACUCAGGGGAAGCCAAUGUAAUUAAGGAGCAUACUGAGUCCCUGUCACAAUUUUAUCCUGAUAGAGCGGCCGAUUUUACAGCAGUAAACACAGAGGUGGAGAAGCAAUUGGUGGCAGUAGGUGGGGCAUUAGAAAAACGUGAAGAAUUACUCAAUUUGCACUGCUCGAUUGCUAGUCAUCUGCUUGAGCUCAAUUCGGAGUUGCUGUGGGUGAAGGACAAAUUGAUACAAAUCAGACAGCCUUACGAUGAUUGGACACCGAAACACAGGAGUGCUGUAGGAAAGCAAUUACUUCGGGUUCAACAGGAGAAACGGCGACUAACGAACCAUAUAACGGAAGUGGAGAACCGUGGACCUAGAGUGAAAAAUCUCUGCAUUAGAGUGAAAGAAACCUAUUUUGGUGCGGAAGCCAAUGCUGGUGCGCGAUUGGAGAGCUUUCGAGAAGUUCUUGGUGAGUUGGAACAAGCCUGGUACACCGUUACUCACUUACUUGAAGUUCGCCGUGAGGAGUUACGACUGGCGGAUGCCAUUCACAAGUUUUCCUUCGACGCUUACAAUCUUGAGGCUUGGAUGUCUGAAAGAGAACUCUGUUUACAAAGCAUCAGUGAUCCAACUAAUAUGGACGAGGCGAAUCGAGCCCUGCGCAGGCUGAACGUACUAAAUGAGAGCAUGGCCAAUUGGUCUAACGAGACAAAUCGAAUCAAACACCGCGCCAACGAACUAUCCAAUCAGCUUUCCACUGGUGUGCAGAUCAAUGGCAACUUUGUUAUUGCUCCUCCGGUUACCAAGUCAUUUAUUGCUAAUACUGCAAAGAGACUCUUGGAUGACUUCUCAUCGCUCGGAAGUUCAGUUAUGGAGCGCCGAAAGGACCUUUUGGAGGCUAUCACAUUGCAUGAUCUCAUGCUAGAUAUUAACGAUCUUGAGGACUGGAUAGCCGAGUGUCAGAAAACAGCCAACAAUGUUGACGUUGGAAACGACUUGGAACACGCCUUCAGCCUCCACGACCGUUUCGAUCAAUUUUCUAAACGAACACGAACUGAAGGUGAACGUCGUAUGCGCACCAUGAUCCAACGCAUCGAUCAAAUGAUCCUUCGAGGUCAUCGAAAUCGGUCCGACAUCGCUCUCGCUAAAGAUGGACUCAACGAAGACUACGCUGAUCUCCUAGAAAUGCUCUGCACUCGAAGCCAACUUCUUAAGUCGUGUCUCACUCUUCAUCGAUUCUUUUACGAUACACAGUAUUUGGAGAAUCAAAUCGAAGAUUGCUACCAGUACGUACCAACAGAACCAACCGUAGAAAUGAUAACAGGUCGAAGUAAAAGUGGUGACCACGGAGGUAUCGCAAAUCUCCGGCGAAAGGAGGCAGGAUUGGCGAUGCGAUUGUCCCACAUCAAUGCCAAAUGUGAAACGCUAUCCACCACAGCGAAUAAGCUCUUACCCGCCUACAGUGGUGAAUCCGAAGUACUUCUUAGAGUUCGAAGAGAUUGUGUCGUCAGUGCAGCCCAGGAGCUUGCUUCGAAAGCGAGCGCUCGAAGCCGACUGCUUGCCGAAGCUGUUUGGCUACAUUCCUUUUUUACUACCGCUCAACAUCUCCUCGAAUGGUUAUCUGAAGCAAAGGAUAGGAUGAGUCAGCCUAAUAAUCUCAGCCGUACUGCAUACGGAAUUGAACGACUCAUUGGUGAACACCGUCAACUCUAUGCUGAGCUUGGUGUAAAGGUUAAGCAGGUUGAGGAUUGCCUUAAUGAAGGUCGGUCGAUCUUGUCUAUUGGGACGACACCAACUUCCAUCCAGCCUGAACGAAGUCGACUAUGGAAGGCAUUGACGGCUCCACGUGGAGAAGUUCGGGAAGUUUGUGUGUCUCUAGCGACGGAACGGAUAUUAGCUGAGGCGAUGUGGAGAGAGCGUUGGGUUAGACUGACACUACUCCUGGAUGCACGAUACUUCCUAAGAGAUGCUUCGGCUGCUGAGUCAUGGCUUGGAGCUCGCGAAGUCUACCUUGUGGCUGUGCGACGAAAUAUUGGCGAGAAUCUGGCCGAAACACUUGCCCUAUUAGGUGCUCAUUAUGCAUUUGAACGGGCGUGUGCAUCUGCUGAAGAAAGAUUUAAUGCUCUUAAAAGACUAACCAAGGUAAAAUUUGGAACUUCAGGUUUUUGUGCUAUGCUUAAAAUGGAAAUCCAAGCUCUCGAGUGGAAACCUGAAGAUGUGAGUCGACAAGAAAAGGAGAAACGUGAAAAAAUCCGUCGAGCCAUUCAUGAAUUUCUUCCACCUCCACCGGAAGGUUACCAUAAACUUCCGCCUCAAAUUCCUCCUUCCAUGCCCAAUCGACAACCUCCACCUCCAGCAACCAGAGGAUCGGGUCUAGUCAAACAGGCAUCUCUUGGACCUAUUUCUUCACAGAAAAUUACACUUGAACGAGCCUCUGCUCUUACUAGAACCAUACCGCUGCCUCAGAAACGCAUAUCUAGGUUCCCACUUCCUAAUAAAACUGAACAAGAGAAUGAAAAGAAAGAAAUCAGCAGUCCAGCUAGACCACAUUCACCAUCAAUCUCCAAAGAGUACUUUUAUCCUCGUAGAACCAGAGUCUCCCUUCCAAAGUCGUCACUGGAAGAUCCGAUCACAUCAACCACACCCUUCGAAGAAACAGCAUCCAGCACAAGGCCCCAAGGGAGCUUCCCUAGUACAUCAGCUCACACACCCCCUCCUGAACUGCAAGUAGAGGCAGCUGAACCGGAUAAAACUGUUGAUGAAUUACCCAAAGUUGAGGGUCCGCUAAUUCGAAAAUGGGAGUCAGAUAUUGGAGGCACACGUCAUAGUCGUGGCCGUGGAUGGACGUCAAUUUAUGUCACCUUGAUGGAAGGCAAAUUGCGUUUCUACAAAGAUAGACGCACUCGGCGGGAAAAUGAAAACGAAACACUUCAUGGAGAAAAACCCCUGGAUCUGGGUGGAGCAAUUGCCAUUCCAGCACUUGACUACACUAAACGACCUUUCGUGUUCCGCCUACGACUGUUAACUGGCGCAGAAUACCUCUUCCAAGCUGUGAAUUCUGAAGUGCUUCAACGUUGGGUUGAGGCAAUUAAUGAAUCGGUGAGCAAGCUGGCACCUACUGGUUUCAAAGGUUUCCACGAAAGAUCUCAUUCUCUACCAUCGUCAGCACGGCAUUCUCGUGCGUCUUCAUCAGCUUCUGGAGCCGAAAAGCGUCGGCAUAGUUCACUUCGCCGCGUUCUGAAGCGCUCUUGA